AUGGACUUUCUGAUGCCACCACCAGCUUCAUGUGCGAGAUCUGACCAAUGUGUUCCCUCUGCCCACUCCGCGUGGCAGCCUCGCAAUCAAGGCCAGAAGGACUCAUAUCUGACAGAUCCAUUGCCCAUUUCCGCAACAGGCACCACGGCUCCAGCGACUGCGGCACUGGCCGGAUCUGGCUUCAUCUUUCCUGGCUCGUCAGUCGAUCGCUUGGGCAUAGCCGAACCGCCGCCCAGCCGAAGUUAUCGUGGCGCCGUACCGUGGACAAGUAGUGAGACCGGUGACCCGUUUGUCGAUGGCGGUGAGGAUGUGAACAUGCCAGAGAGCAGCCGUCAUCUUCUGGAAUACAACAGCCUGGCAGACAAGUAUGGUUUACCUCCUCUCUCGUUCGGCGACGAUGCCGAGGAGUUCUCGAUCGGCCAGGACUCUCAGACGGCCGAUACACGCGGCUGGUUUGCUCGUGCUUUUGGUAAACCACCAGCGUCCGUCUCGCGUCGGUCAUCCCGGCAGUCUGCCAAAUCGGACAAGAGCUCCAAGCACAAGCGAAGUGAAAGCGACACGACCGUCCUGGGCCAGAACAGCAAAGCCGACCAGCAGAGAGACACAAAGGAUACGAAGGACGCCCUGAAACAUGAGACACUGCAGUCGUUGGUUCGGCUGUGUGGCAAGAGUCUGCUUUACCUCCCCAGCGGGUACGCCACUCGCUCACUGACACUGCCAACGUGCAUUCGUGCCGCGGCCCAAUAUCUUGUCCAGAAUGGCCCCGAGACUCGCGGCGUAUUCAGGAUUUCUGGAUCGACACGGGUGGUUGGCGAGCUCUAUGACUAUUACUGUGUUAACAUCGACGAGGCAGACAUUUCUACGACGGUCCGGUCACCGAACCUCCCGUUCCACAUCCACUGUAGUGUGCACGAUGUGGCAUCGUUGUUCAAGCGGCUCCUCGCCGGCCUCCCGGGUGGCGUCCUAGGCCAUGUGUCAUUGUUUGAAGCUCUGGUCAACAUUUACAGAAUGCUGCCGACUGGAAGCCAGGGAUCUAACAUGGCCGACCGCGACUUAGUCCGAGCCCGUCUCAUUGCCCUGGCCGUCGGAUCGGUCCCUUCGCCUCUGCAGCGAGAGCUGAUCUGUGCCGUGUUCGGUAUUCUUUGCCUUAUCGGCCGUGCAGCCGAGGCGGCCGCUGCUCGUGGAGACGUCUACAACAGCCGGAUGCCCAAUUCUGAGCUCAUGGGGUUCAGCGCACUGGGCAUCAUAUUUGGGCCGCUACUUCUUGGCGAUCAUCUAAGCUUUUACUCAUCGGACACAAGCGACGACGCCAUCUCUUCGUUUUUUCUGCCUCAAAACUUUACCAUCACUCCUUCUCCUCGAUCGAGGACGGAUCGGAGGAGGAAGAGCACUACGUCUGAUAAGCGGUCGCUGAUUGCAGCAUCUCUGACGCUGGACAAGGUUCUUUUAGCGAACAACAUCGCGGAGAUGCUGGUCAAGAGUUGGACCCUGGUUGUUCAACAGAUGGACAGCAUGGCCAUCAUGCGGAAGCAGUCGUUGACCCAACGUCCGCCACUGGAUGACCAGCUGAGAAUUCCCAGAGCAUUACGUCCCUCUAGGUCCGAGACGUUUUCCGAUACGAAACAGCCGGUGGCAGUACCGCCAAUCACCAGCUCUCAUCGAUCUAACAGCCGGGCGACGCGCAGCUCGUCAGUAUCGCUCAUUCGAUCGAACACUACCCAUGUAGCCGUGGGAAGCCAGCAGCCUCCUCCGUGGCCAUUGUUUGGACGAACGGCCGAGAAGACCCCUGAAGGCUUUGCCUCCAGGAUAGGGUCUGCCUUGAGCGGGCAAAGCGCGGUUGGCAGCGUGGCUGCAGCUGUCAGAAAUAUAUCCGUGAAACAGGCAGUGGCGGCCUUGUCACCAAGUGCCGAGCUGGCACGGGCUGUUGGUGUUUCGUCGGGAAGUUCGGCUUCCAAGUCUGCUAGGCUUCCGUCACGAGUUCAGAACAACGCAUCACCACCUCUUGACAGCGGCAUGAUCGUCCCAUCCUGGAGAGCGAAGCUGAAGCCGGUGGACACCUCGGCUCAGUAUACGGACACGACCACUGGCAAUGCAAGAUCGCCCUUGGAUAGAUCGCCCAGGAGAAUGCCUCAAAACACGAGUGCGACGAGUUCGAGGCGAUCUAGCUCAGGUGCUCUUAGUGGAAGUGAUGGGUCACCAUCAAAGACGGCAGCACUGAUUGCGCGUAUUAUAAACCCUCGAACGACAGCUGCGCCAGUGGUACCGCAGUCAAUGUGGUCGCCAGAGAGAGGUAUUGUUGCCACCAGAACAGAGAAGAGCAUUGCAUCGACUGGCCGCGUAACUGCACUAGCCACAAUGCCUUGGGCCAGCCCUGAUGGAAGUGUUUUUUCUGAAAGCAGAAAGAAGUGGCUCCUACAGGCAAACGCUUCUCCUAGUACUGCCAAGGACUAUAAGGAGCUUGCGCAACUAUCUGCGACGACACAGAACGGACGUUGGCGUGCUCGGACAAUGCCUUCUGCUAUUGCAGGCGGUGCGAGGGAUGAAUCUCAUAUCGGUGGUCCAUACCUCUCGAGACAGUUGAGAAACACAGAAAACCAACCGAUUGAACCAUGCCGCAGCCGACCGCAGACUGCGACGAGACCACCACUGACAGGGAUGAGCGACAAUCUUCGCUAUAGGUCGGGUUUUGGAGUGGCCGUGGGCCUGAACGCCAGGGAACAGACACAGGCACUGGGCAAAGGAUUUUGGAUCAGUUCGGGACUGCAGCAACCGCCACUAUCAGAAAUCAAGAAUGAGGCCAAAGGGGCUAACAGAACACAGCCAAAGAAUAUCAGCCCGACGCCGAGGCAGGCGAGAACAGACGCGGCAGUUUUGGUCGGGGCCGAUGGACUGGGUGCAAAGUCGACAGGCGGAGGAACCGUGAAAGCGAUGGCUGCUAUGUUCGACAGCGCGGUCGGGGUUCCUGCGACCGAAUCGAAACCAUCGACACCCGUGCCGCUUGGACAGGCUCGCGAUACUCCGCGAACACCCAACAGCAUAUCGAAAUACAUGACGAACAACUCACCAAAGCCGCGGACGGCGACGCCUUCGCCCCAUUGCACGCCGAGGAUAUUGUUAUCCCCACCGAAGGACACAAACGAAGUGUCAAUGAGAGACCUGGCACGUGAACAGAGACGUCAGAGGCUAUCUCGAAGCGAAGGCAGGAACAAUUUCUCGGGCAAUGCGCCGCUUUUUACUGUGCGCGGUCGAGAAGGGGCACGAUCUGUCGAUGGGAGUAAGAAUACGAUCGACAUACACUUACAGGAUGCAAGUGCCAAGAAUGCAAAGGGAAGAAACGGGUUUGAGCUCCGGUCCGGCAGUUACGAUGCCGACACGAACAAGGGGCCAAAGGAGGAGCAAAGAGGACGAUCGCUAGUGUCGGAUCGGGUCAGGCUCACGGAAGAGCUGUUCGGGUCGACAUAUACACCAGCUCGAAGCUCUCCACCGCUGGCACGUCGAGGCAUUGAAAUUCCCAGAACGGCUGGGCAGCAUGCGGUGAGCCCAGUGCUACAGGCACAGUUGCGGGAUCUGCGGCAGCAACUGGAAGCCAAAAGCGCAGAGUGCGCAAGUUGGAAGAAGAGGGCAGAGACAGCCGAAAGGGCGGUGGCAGAGCUGGACUGCUAUGCAUCUAAGCUGUAUAUGGUGGACGGUGAUAUGGGGAGCGAGGACGACGAGACGGAUAGCAGCAGUGGUUCGGAUAGCAGCAACAUGACGGUUGUAGUUCACAGUCGGAUGUCGAACGAUUCGGUUCUACGGGUUCUGAUCUAA